GAAUGUGAUGGUCGGCUUUGCCCCCGGGCCCUCUUCAAAUAAUCCUGGAUCCACCCCUGACAUGUAUAUAUUCAUAUGUAUAUAUUCGCCUGAUCCUUAAACAUGUAGUUGCGUGACGAUUGUCGAUGUGUCAUUUGUGGAAUUUCGGCAAACAGUGUAUUUCUUUGCCUUUCAACCUCACAUUCACACGCCCGUGUGACACACUGGUCGAUUUCACAACGAGCGUAGGUGGCAAGCGGUUUGAACUCUAUUCAAUUCCGCUCCUGGUAUUCUUGGUGUUGGCGUAGGCUGAUUUGUCUGGUUUGUAAUAAAGCUUAAAAUUAUGAAGAUAGUCCAAAUGCAGAUGAAACAGAAAAGGGCUCAUUGGUCGCUAUGUGUUUUACCAGACCACUCUCAGAUUUUGUAUAAGUUACUUAAAAGCGUUUUCUGCAAAUUUGUCUUCGUCUGUCUGUCUGUCUGUCUGUCUUUCAGACUGUCCUCCAGCCAGUCAGUCGUAACAAUAGAUAAGUGCAUUAAAAUAUUUUGCGCUGCGUGCACGUAUGGAUUUGUUAAUCUUAGUGAUAGAUGCCAUGGCUUUCUUGACCCUUCUAGGGUUUGUCGAAUUCAGAUUGAUAAGGUUGUCAAAAAUAAACGUGGCGUCAGUUGGAAUAUCAGGCAGUCCAUGUGUACAUUGUGAUUCCCACCUGUUUAUGAAAUCAUCUUAUUAUUCUUAUAUGAUAAUUAUUUACUAGAAUUUUGACUUGUAGAUUUGGUAAUGCAAGUACAUCUAUUUUUGCAUUGUGAUACAGAGAUGGAACGUUAGACUCAAGCCAGGGACAGUUUCAGUUUUAAUUUUUUUUCUAAACUGUGCGGGGUAGUAGGCUUCUGUCAAGGAAACCUGUCCGAAAUGUACCGUUUUAUUUCUGUGAAAUUUUCUGUUUGCGAUUCUCUUCCGGUUCAAAUACUUUAUUUGUAAGUCCUCAUCAGAAACAUGUGACUCUUAUCAACCAUUCACCCGAAUUAGUCAAAACAAAACAAAACAAACCCAGGUUGCAAAAUUUCGCAAUCCCCUACAACAUUUCGCAAUAGCUCUCGGAAUUAGCUUGUCCUGGAUCUCCUCCAUGCCCUCUAGCGGCAAGUGUGCAUUUAUGAAUGGAAAAUGAAAACCUGAAGCCCGGGAAAUAUUGCGCAAGCUAGUCAGGCUAGCAACGUUCUUUGGGAUUCAAACAGCAUAUUAAGCAAUCGCUACACGUCCUAGGAACGGAUAUCCGAUAAAUCGAAUAUGCCCUGCCCGGGCCAAAUUUAAGAAACGCCUAAAAAGGGGGACUCUCCUUAUUUAAUUCGGUCGCAACAUGUAAACAGAGCUUGCUGCCAAUUGUCAAACGAGGCGCACGAACUCCAGGAAAGGUCGAGCUGACAGUAGGAGUAAUGUUGAUGUUGAUGCCAGGCCAUAUAUAUAGGAACGCGUACAGAAUUACUCUAAGUCUAACCGCCGAAUUGACAUCCUCGGAAAGUCAGAACGCUAUGAGCCACGGAUACGAUUCGGACAAUUAUAAUUAUUAUUAUACUAAAAGGCAACAUAGUGAAAUUCAGUAUUAUGUUGAUGAUCGACAUUGGUGCUAACAUAGAUCACAAAGUCGCCGAGUUAAAAAGUUAUGAAAAGAUUCGUAACAGCCAAAAUUGCGAACAGGAAAAGAUGGCCGAGGCGGCAGAAGUGUCAUGUCCUCCCUUGAGUAAGGUACUCGUACCCAUGCCGGACCCCUAUGCACACGUGUAUGGUCAGAUCACAGAAAAGUCGUCCAAGGCGGGCGAUCCUCGCGCCCACAUUAAGCCAGGUGCAGUCGGCAUGGAGAUCGUCUGGCACGGGGAGUUCGACCGGUUGUUCGCCCAGUACUUCCCUCACCAGUGGUUCCUCAUGCCGACGUUCAGCCCCCCUAGUGAACGCUGGAGGGUGUUUAAGGACAGCGCCAAAGUCAGGUUCCAAUGUCAGGAGUGCGGUCACGGCUGGACCAGUAUGAAGGGACGCGUGGUCUUCUGGUUUCAUCUGAACGUGGCUACCAACUCCGGCUAUGUCCUCUUCAAGCUGUACGGGCAACAGUGCAACCGAUGUAAGAGUGAAAAGUUUGAACACGCCAUGUGGUACCCGGAGGAGGUGAUCAAGGUCGUCGGCAAUGUGUACAACAGAGUGGGACAGGUGUAUUACGGGUUCUACCGCCCGCCCCUCCGGAUAGACAGACGACCAGGAAAACCCAGAAAUCAGCACAAUGCCGAGCUCUGUCAGGCGUGUAAAGACGGACUGUGCCGGGAAGAAUGGACGUUCAGUUAGUCACCACAAUAAUGUUAUUAUGUUAUCUCAAUAUGGGAAGGUCCGACGUCUCAUUAUGCCAUUAAGUGAAAUAUAUUGUGAAAGCUGAAAUAUGUGAAAUGUUUCUAAGGCUUUUUUUC